AUGGUCACGCGAGAGCAAGAUAUUGAAGAGCUUCCUGUCUCUCCAGAGCCGCUGCUUUCGAUCCUUCUGGAAACCAUACAAAGAAUGCUUACAAGAAUACGAAGCUACGCGCUGGUAUUUCUGACAAUUUUCUUCAGAUAUGGUUUGGUGAUGAGCUACAUAUGGUACAAUCUGGCACUUCUUGCGGUCAGCUUUAUAAUCGAAGUUCCAUACGUGACAUAUCUGAUUGGUGCGGCUCUGUGUACCCUAAAGAUUGGGUAUGAGUGUUUCAGAGAUCAACAUUACAGGUACAGACCAAACUAUUAUUCAAACGUACUGAAUGAUUGUACAGUCACCGCCUUCAUUUUUGUCAUGUUUUCGUCUGUGUUUGGAUACAGAAAGGCGUUCGAGGGCCAUGAUUCUUCUAUCCCACUGCAAUGGACCCUGACAGUGCGUCCAGAAGAAAACAGUGGGAUUCGUGCCUGA